AUGGCCCUCUUGACACCAGAGAUUGCCGACAUCUUCCGGUGGCAGAUAGAUGAGAAUGGCUUGAAAAGAUGCAAGCGUGAAGCAGGAUUGGCCAAGUUCGCCAUUGCGACUGUGUUGGGCGCAGCCAGUGGUACGGUUGGAUUGCUGAUGCCUGACCAAUCCUCCAAGAAAGCGCAGAAAUCCAUGGACCAAUUGAAGUUUCUAGUGGGACAAACGACAGGCGCCGAGGCCAAUGCAGUGAAUAUCGUCUUUGGCGGGGAUUUUGAGGCAAAAAUCUGCGCGAAAUACCCACAGCCUUCGGCUAAUGAGGAAGAAGAAGUCUUGGAGUAUAUUCAUAAUGAAAUAAAAAAAGGUAUUGUCGAGCUACAGAAGCGUUUCGAAACGUCUUUGAUGACGGUUGUUCACAUUGAUGGCACUGGAGAGAGCGGUGAGUGA